CUGACUGUCUGUCACAUUUCACGCUGACACACACGGGGCGCACAGACACACACUCACACACAUAUUAUCCACACAUCCCCGGUUUGUGGUACACUUGAGGAGCGUGUGUCGACGGUGUCUGAAAGCCCCUUUAUGUGAGAGAGAGGGGGGGGAACCAGAAGAAAAAAGAGGAAAUCCCCGAAAGGAAAUGCCAAUCGCAGCCACUGGACAACCCACGACUCAGGAUCUACCCAGGAUCUACCCCCGGCUGCCCGCCACCACCCCCGAGCCGGUCCCCAAAGGAGCUGAUUUAUUUGACGAGGCGGGGGCGGCCGAGGCUGCGGAGCGCACAGAAUACGGGGGUGCAGAGGGGGGCCGUGGACCCCCCGGGGGCUACAGCGCCUACAGCCAGAGCGGUCCGACGCGAUCCCCUCCCCCGCCGCCACCGCUGCCGCCAUCCGCCUCCGCCUUCCUCUUCCACCCUUACGACCCCCAGCUCGUGGCCAUGGAGCCCCCGAGGACUCGCUCGCGAUCUCGUUCUGGAUAUUACCAGCAGUACGCCGGUGCUGGGAAUGGGAACGGGAUUACCGGGAACGGGGUCAUGGGAUCUAACCACCAUCAGUAUCAACUUCAUCAACAACAACAGCAGCAGCAGCAGCAGCAGCAGCAACAGCAGCAACAGCAGCAGCAGCAACACAACGCCGGUUGCGCACAACUUGCUCACAACAACCACUCGGAGAACCAGGCGCGACCCUCUGGAAAUAACAGCUCCUCUGGCAUCCAGAGGCUCUCGGCAGCCGGCGGAGCGCACCGCAUCUCAGCCGCAGGAGCCACGGGGGGAGCCUACCACUGUCACCCCGAGCACGCGUACGGAGGCGAGAGCGACAAGAGCGAGGACAGCCCCAGCCCCAAGCGCCAGCGGCUGUCCAGUCAGUCGGUGCUGGAGCAGCUGACCUCGGCGGCCCCGCCUCCGCCCACGCCGUCCCCCCCCAUCCGGCCCUGGGAGCUGGGGCACCCCAGCCGCCGGCCGCCCCACCCUCACCCCCACCCUCACCCCCACCCCCACCCCCACCCUGCCUUCCACCAGGAGAGGUGUCUGACGCCCGGCCGCCAGAGACGCAGCCCCCCAGCGAGGCGUCAGCGGGGCCGCCCGGCCAGACCCUCCCGCCCCCCCCCCCCCCCAGCCUCACACCAGCCCCCCCACCAGCACCCCUCCCCCCUCGGCCCCGGGGCCCGCCUCUCCCCCGCCGACCCCCAGAACGAGAACUACCACCACCCCCCCCCGCCCCCUCCGCCGCCCCCGCCCGCGGCCCCCCACCCCCCCGCCGCCGCCGCCGCGCACCACGCCUUCCCCGCCCACGCACACGCCUCCUACGGCCAGCCCGCCUCCGUGGGGGCCGGGGGGGCGCCGCCCCCCCCCGCCGAGGAGCCCAGGGCCUUCCACCCCCCCACCCUGUCCUCACGCCUGCUGCACCACCACCACGCCCACCACCACCACCCGGCGCACCCCCACCCCCACCCCCACCCCCACCACCACCACCACCACCAGCAGCAUCCCCACCCCCACCAGCACCACCCCCACCCCCACCAGCACCACGCCACGCAGCAGGGGGCGAUGGUCCUGGACCUGCACGAGCAGCUGCAGCAGCAGGGUAGCGUGCCCGUGUCCUACACCAUGACCCCCGUGCCCCCCCACGGCCUGGCCGGCCCAAUGUGCAGCGGCCAGCACCUCCCCCCCGCCUGCUCCUCCCAGCAGCAGGUUCCCAGCUGCAGCGUGGUCUUCAGCACGGGCCAGCACUACCACCCGAUGCUGCAGGCCUGCUCGGUGCAGCACCUCCCCGUGCCCUACGCCUUCCCCUCCCUGCUGUCCAGCGACCCCCAGUUCCUGCUUCCCCCCCCACCCCACCUCUCUCCCCACCUGCCCCCUCCCGGCCCCUUCCUGCCCUUCCAGGCCCAGCAGCCCCGCUCGCCCCUGCAGAGGAUCGAGAACGACGUGGAGCUGCUAGGCGACCAACUGUCAGUGGGCGGGGGCUACAGCUACCCCCACCACCCCCACCACCACCCCCACCACCACCACCACCAGCACCAGCAGCAACAGCAGCAGCACCAGCAGCAGCAGCAGCAGCAGCAGCACCACCACCACCACCACCAUCAGACCCCCUCCUCCCCCCUGCAAUUCCUCUCCCACCACGACCCAAUGUCGCAGGAGCUGUUCACCGUGCCCUACCCCCACUUCAUGCCUCGGCGAAUCACAGGCCGGCGCUAUCGCUCGCAGCACACGGUGCCCCCGUCACCCUAUCACCCCAGCUUCCUGCCGUACGUCCUCUCCAUGCUCCCCGUAGCCCCCGCCGUGGGCCCCACCGUGGGCCCCACCAUCAGCCUGGAGCUGGACGUGGACGAGGGAGAGGUGGAGAACUACGAGGCGCUACUGAACCUGGCCGAGCGACUGGGCGAGGCCAAGCCCCGCGGUCUGACCAAGGCCGACAUCGACCAGCUGCCCUCGUACCGCUUCAACCCCAGCAACCACCAGUCAGAGCAGACCAUGUGCGUGGUCUGCAUGUGUGACUUCGAGACGCGCCAGCUGCUGCGAGUGCUGCCCUGCAACCACGAGUUCCACGCAAAGUGUGUGGACAAGUGGCUCAAGGCUAACCGGACGUGUCCUAUAUGCCGAGCAGAUGCCUCAGAGGUCCAGAGAGAUUCUGAGUGACCUCCUCCUCCUCAUCCCUCCCUCUCUCCUCCCCCCCUCCCCUUGGGGGGGGGGGGGGAGGCGCGUUCUGCACACCCAGCUGCCACAAACCUGCAAACCUGUGAACUUCUUUUUCUUCCCCUUUUUCGCGUGUCCCACGCUCCACCACCGAGGGUGGGUUAUGGGACCAGUAUAGACCAGUACCGUCGUGAUCCGCGACCAGUCCAGCCUCCAGGAUAUUGGGACCGUGGUCCUGCCGACCCGGGAAUACCGGAAACAAACAAACAAGCAUUUAGUUGUAAGAGGAAAGCCUUCUGCGCCAAGUGUCUGACUCAAGGACUACUGAACCCCCCUCAGCUCUCUGCCUUUAACUCAUGGUGACUCUUAACUAGCAAUGGCCUUUUGACACACACACACACACACACACACACACACACACACACACACACACACACACACACACACACACACACACACACACUAAUGAAAACUUGCAGGUGGACAUGCAAUCUUCUCUUAUUAAGAACAAAAUGACCUGUGAUUGGGGUAGUGUGAACUAACGAAGGACAGAUGUGGAAAUCCAAAGAGUUUUGACAUUUUCAUCAUUAUUAUUAUUAUGAUCACGGUAAAGUAUUGAUCACACAUCGCCAGUUUGUAUGUCCGGUUUCACACGGCUUGUGGGGUUUUAUGUUCUGUCUGUUAACAUUCCUUGUGUGGCAACAUUGUGGGGUCACAACAAAAAUACUGUAUACUGCCUGGUAGAUCGAGCUGUGUGUGUGUGCGUGUGUGUGUUACUCAACCAUGUUAUUUAUACAGUAGUCAUGCGGUAUAGUACACUGAUCUCUUUGAAUUCCCGUUUUUCUACUAAUGAUUUCCCGUUGUACUUCUGAUGGUUGUGGCUUGAUCGGAUGGCUUCGCUUCACUUAAAGGGCUCCAGAUUAAUCCAGUUUUUAUUUUAUCGCGUCCCCUUCUCAACCAGGAUUUGCUAGCAGUAUCCGCUGAUUAUUAUUGUUUUUUCCUACUCCACCCCCACAUCACUACAGCAACUUACAUCAACCAUCGUCUUACCAAUAGAUUCCCCGGUGAUAGGUGUAUGAUUAGGUCUGGGUGCCAUGUUAUUACUUUACGGUCACAGCAACAGGUGAAGAUGCGCGGAUAUGUUUUCUCUUGGCUACCUCUACGUUCCUUCAAAACUUAAAAGCACCACAGCUUAAACCAUGCUUAUCCUGCAGUCUCCCCUUCAUUUUGAUCGGUCUUCACAACACACACAAACAGUAUAGACCCUCGCCAUUCUCCCCCAGAUGUUCUCAGUGGGGUUGAAUCCCAACCCUACAUUGGGAGGGGCGUGAAGACCCUGGAUGUGCCUGCUGAAAGAGACCUAGGACUUGUCUCUGUGCGACAGAGAGAAGAUUCUCGCAGUUUAUAUUUUUUUGAACCAUCAGAGCACACAAUUUUGUCUUUCUCCAAGCGGAUCUCUCUCUGACGAUGGAUUGGAUACUUAAGCACUUUAUUGUUUUUAAAUACACCAUAGCUCACAACUUUGUAGAUCUAUUUCUGAAUACGUUUUUUUUCUCUGAAUAUUUCCCCCCUGAUUCUUGUUAUAUGAACUGAUAUUUUGGGGCGUUCAGAAGUCCGUUUUUCUCAUCAGAGUCCUGGACGAAAAGCAGGGAUGAGGGUCUACUUCUGAACUUUGCCCUGUGUAACGCGCGUGUGUGUGUGUGUGUGUGUGGGUCUACUGUCUAAAAUCCUUCUUCUUUUUUUUGACGCCCUCCAAUGAGGAUCCUAGCGUGUGAAACGUGUUCCGUAUCGUCUCACAGAAACAGUAUAUUUUCGUUUGCAGUAGGCCUACAACAACAACCUGAAUCUUUAAUAAUCAUCUAGUGAUCGACAGAACGACAAACAUAUUGGAUCGAAAUGGGUGUUUAGCUGUGUGCGACGAUUGGCAAGCUGUGACAGGGGAAACUGCACGAGGUGGGCUAUUUUAGUGCGCCGUCUGCUGCGGUGUUAAAAAGGUGAAAUGAAAGAGUCUGUGUUGGGUAGGGGUCGCAGCUGCCUCCUAUCGGCGGCUCCGCGGUGGCCCCGUCCUCCUGAACCCCGGCGCAGCAUAAUCUGACCGAGAAGGGUGACUCGGUGGUCGGCUCAUAACUAUUCUACAGUGUUGUUGUUGUGUGGAAUAUUGCGGUAUCCAUGGUGUCGGACGAAAAUACGUUGUACUUAUUUAAUUUCUUUCCUCUCCCAGGGUUCGGAGUUCGUUUUUUGUUACCAUGGUAAUCACUCUUACUUUAAUGUCACCGCAUGGUUUCCUAUGUUAGUCGGUUCCCUCCUGCUUGGUAAGCUAGCAGUUACCUCAGUUCCAUUAUUUAUGCGUUUUUUUCUGAAUAUGCCGCGUUUUUUUGUAUAAUACAUUUCCAUCUUAUUUUUUCUCUCUUUUUUUGUUCACGAUUUAAAAAGGAUACGUGGAAGGCCCCCCAUUGUUAAAUGCAGUGAAAGUGGUUUCGAUUGUGUAUAUCAGUAACCAAAAUCAUUUGAAGACCAGAAAUAAUGAUGAUGAAAUUUUUAACAAAACAUACAUUUGUAAAUUUUUUAUGAGAGUUAUUACUAGUGAUGCUUUAAGUAGUGCAAUGUUUUGGGUUUACCGGUUUUUGUUUUUAUCCCUGUCUUUUGAAUUUGAAAGGCUGGUUCAAUAAUAAAUGUAUAACGUCUUCUUCUAUUA